UAACGGCUAGGCUAAUGCAUUACAGACCGCAAUCCGAUUCUCUGACUGAAUGUGUCAUCUUCACAUCGGACACAAAUUUACACACUAUCGCCAUGCUACCGCAGCAGUGAACCUUCUCCACGGCAAUAAAAAGAAACGACGGCAUAUCCUUCUGCUUAUCCGAGCGGUGAAACUAGGCAGGUGUGAAUGACCGACGUGGUGCCUACCACCGCCCUCAGUGAAAUAAAGCUCCGCCUACUCUGCCACGAUGACAUAGAGAGAAUAAAAGUGCUCUGUGGAGAAUGGUUUCCCAUUGAGUAUCCAGACUCAUGGUACCAUGACAUCACAUCAAAUAAGAAGUUCUUCUCUCUGGCUGCCACCUUUAGAGGUGGAAUUGUCGGGAUGAUUGUGGCAGAAAUAAAAAGCAGAACGAAAGUGCACAAAGAGGAUGGAGACAUCUUGGCCUCCAGCUUUCCUGUUGACACUCAAGUUGCGUACAUCCUGAGUUUAGGGGUUGUGAAGGAGUUUCGGAAACAUGGAAUAGGCUCUCUGUUACUGGACAGUUUAAAGGAGCACAUUUCCACCACAGCACAGGACCACUGUAAAGCCAUCUACCUGCAUGUGCUCACGACCAAUAACACUGCCAUUCACUUCUAUGAGAACAGAGACUUUAAACAGCACCACUAUUUACCGUAUUAUUACUCUAUACGAGGGGUGCUGAAGGAUGGCUUCACCUAUGUCCUCUACAUCAAUGGCGGACAUCCUCCAUGGACCAUCUUUGAUUAUAUUCAUCAUAUAGGUUCGGCACUGGCUAGUCUGAGCCCCUGCUCAAUUCCUCAGAGAAUUUACCGGCAAGCACAGAAUCUCCUGCGCAGCUUCCUGCCGUGGUCGGGCAUCUCUUCCAAGAGCGGCAUUGAGUACAGCAGAACAAUGUGAAGACCAUCAGGUCACAACAGUGCAGGGUGGAAGAGAUCGAUUUGUUUGGUCACAUCAGAUGCCGAAGAGGAUUGUGAAGACUGACAUCGGAUCUCUCUGGUCUCGAGCAGUGUAUUAUACUUGUACAUUACAUAUGUAUAUACAUAUAUAUACUUUAAUUAAUAUAUGCAUAGUCAUUAGUAGAUUGCCCUCUUAAUAUAAACUCUCCACUUCAUGCCUGUAAUUCUGCUGCUGUGUAGAAAUACUCUAUUGUUUAUCCAGAUUUUUAAUAUAAAUGGAUUUUUAUUUGUGCCUGUUCUACAUAGAUGAUUUUAGGGUUUGAUGGUAGAAGUAUCCAUACUUUUUCCAUUUAGUCACUUUCAUGCACGUGUCAAGCUCUACUGUUUUAUUUUGUGCAGGAUCACUUUGACACUAAGCAUAUAUUUUAGCCCCCAGUUUUAAGUUUGAUGUUUUUUAAAAACAUUUGCACAGAGGCAAUGAAUGUAGUGUUGCUAUGAAGGGAAAAAACACAGUUGCUGACAACCCUCCAUCUCCGCCAAAUGUGUAUUGCUACUGUCAAAUGCAAAUGUGAAAACUCUUUGAAUUCAGAGCAACUUAAUUUAGCUAGAGAGUUACAUCCUGCCAUUCCAUGCAGUGUGCUUUCUGUUCUUUUAAAGGGGAAAUAAGUGAAUGUUGUGGGGGAGAGAGAAAUGCUUGAAUUUUGGUAUGUUGCUUCAAAUCAGGGAUUUACACACAAAAUAAACAUUUCAAAAUAGACACUCCUGCAUUAUGUGACUUGCAGUAUCAAAAAUGUUAUUUACCUGUGUUGGACCAUCCAUUCACGAUGACUUCAAUGAAACGCACUGGUUUAUCGGUGAAGGACGUUUAGAGAAACAUUACAAAAGGAACAGAAGCUUUUCUAUCACAUGUAAUUGGCCUUCAUUUAUUCUGAAAAUGUGUUUCACCCAUUUCCGGAUCUGUAAACCACAAUUUGUUUGAAAAAUACUGAGUUUUGAAGACAAAAUAGCAUGUAUAAAUAGCUGUUUUUAACAAGUUAGAACCACUAUCACCUUGUGCUUUUGAGUUUGAGACUGUGUGUAAAUCUCCUACAGUGUUUUUAAUGUUACAUCCUUGUGAACUUGUACAUUGUUUUACAUUUCAUUGUAUUGCACUGUCAUUGUGUAGAAUCUAGACGGGGAAGUGUUUUACACUCUCAGAGUAAGAAAAUACAUUCUGAAGAGAGGAUGAUCAACAAGUAGGUGACGUGAAAUAUUGAAAGCAGUAACUGAGAUGUUUUUCAUAAUCUUAUCUGAUAGUCUAUGAAUUGUGAAGCACCCUCUAGUGUUCAUUGAGGGAAUGAUAGAGGUUUUUCUUUUUAAUGCUCACAAAAUGAAUUUGAUUUGAUGUAUUGCUCUUGUCCAUUUGCAUCCCUCCAUUGAUCUGUUCUUCAUUCAUGAACUGAUUAUUCGUUAAUGCAUUAAGAGCAUUUGAGAUGACCUAUAGGUAAGAGAGUUAAUAAAAAUAAAUAAAUAAAUAAACCAAGA